GAUGGCACAAGGUUUAUGGCACACGGCGCUUUCCGUAGUCAGACGUUUUGGAGGUGGGGACGAAUGCAAAGGCAAAAAGGUCAAGAGGAGGAGAAACCACGUGUGCUAUGAUUGCCAUGUCCAGCUUUGACUGUCCUUCCUCGGUAGACUUGUUUUUGUAAGCUCGUACUCUCUGCGUGUAGCUGGAUAGCACGUUAGGUAAAGAAGAACCAUUUCACAGAUUUACAUAGCAAUUGUAAGCAACUCAUUUUAGUUGCCACUUUUGAAAUAGCUAGCUAGCUGCCAUACAUUGACUGCCAAAUAAUGGUGAGCAAGACGGAUGACAUCCCGGCGUCAGUACCCAAAUGUAAAGUUAACACACUUGAUCUUGCAGAAGGAGAGACGUUAGACGGCAAGGAAACCACCAAGGCAUCACUAAAGGACCCCUGUGUUUGUGGGCACAGUGCAGAUACUUCUGUGAUGAAUGGGGGUGGAGCUCACAAUCAUUUGGAGGAGUCCAAGCAGGAUGGGGCUGGUGACACGGAUGGAGGGGAGGAUUCAAAUGAACAGGAAGUGAUUGUGAUUCAGGAUACAGGUUUCACAGUGAAGAUUCAGGCACCAGGGACGGAGCCUUUUGACCUCCAGGUUUCUCCACAAGAGAUGGUGCAGGAGAUACAUCAGGUGUUGAUGGACCGGGAAGAUACAUGCCAUCGCACAUGUUUCUCCUUGCAGCUGGACGGAAACGUGUUGGACAACUUCGCUGAGCUCAAAUCCAUCGAGGGCCUGCAGGAGGGCUCCCUGCUCAAAGUAGUAGAAGAGCCCUACACCGUGAGGGAGGCACGUAUCCAUGUUCGUCACAUCAGAGACUUGCUGAAGAGUCUGGACCCAUCUGAUGCCUACAAUGGAGUGGACUGUAACUCUCUCUCCUUCCUCAGCGUCUUCACUGACGGAGACCUGGGAGACAGUGGUAAGCGGAAGAAGAAGGGCAGUGAGCUGGAGCAGAUAGACUGCACCCCCCCAGAACACAUCCUGCCUGGCAGCAAAGAGCGCCCCCUGGUGCCCCUCCAGCCUCAGAACAAGGACUGGAAGGUAAUAAUGACGCCCCUGCAGUGCCUGAAGGUCCUGACAAUGAGUGGGUGGAACCCCCCUCCUGGCAACCGGAAGAUGCAUGGGGACCUCCUGUACCUGUACAUGGUGACUGUGGAGGAGAGACACAUCAGUAUCACCGCUUCCACACGUGGCUUCUACCUCAACCAAUCGACCACAUACACCUUUAACCCCAAGCCUGCUAACCCCAGCUUCUUGAGCCACUCAUUGGUUGAGCUGCUAAGCCAGAUCAGCCCUGCCUUUAAGAAGAACUUCACCUCCCUACAAAAGAAAAGGGUUCAGAGGCAUCCAUUUGAAAGGAUAGCCACGCCCUUCCAGGUGUACAGUUGGACCGCCCCCAUGGUGGACCACGCCAUGGACUGUGUCAGAGCUGAGGAUGCUUACACAUCCCGCCUCGGCUAUGAGGAACACAUACCUGGACAGACCCGAGACUGGAACGAGGAGCUGCAGACAACCAGAGAGCUGGCCCGGAAGAACCUGCCAGAACGCCUGCUGAGGGAGAGGGCCAUCUUCAAGGUUCACAGUGACUUUGCGGCCGCAGCCACGCGGGGCUCCAUGGCAGUGAUUGAUGGCAACGUGAUGGCCAUUAACCCUGGCGAGGAGACUCGCAUGCAGAUGUUCAUCUGGAACAACAUUUUCUUCUCGCUGGGCUUCGACGUCCGCGACCACUACCGCGAGCUGGGAGGGGACGCCGCAGCACAUGCCGCCCCCACCAAUGACCUGAACGGCGUGCGGGCGUACGGGGCUGUGGACGUGGAGGGGCUGUAUACCCUGGGGACGGUGGUGGUGGACUACCGGGGAUACCGGGUCACGGCCCAGUCCAUCAUCCCCGGUAUACUGGAGCGGGAGCAGGAACAGAGCGUCAUCUACGGGUCGAUUGACUUUGGGAAGACCGUGGUGUCUCAUGGGAAAUACCUGGACCUGCUGGAGAAGACCAGCCGACCACUCAAGGUCCAGAAGCACAAUGUGCUGAAUGAGAAGGACGAGGCCGUGGAGCUGUGUUCCUCUGUGGAGUGCAAGGGCAUCAUUGGCAAUGAUGGCCGCCACUAUAUCCUGGACCUCCUGAGGACUUUCCCCCCUGACCUGAACUUCCUCCCAGUGGAGGGGGAGCAGCUUCUCCCGGAGUGCCUGAAGCAGGGUUUCCCCCGUCAACACCGCCACCGCCUGGCCUGCCUCAGACAGGAGCUUAUCGAAGCUUUUGUCGAGCACAGGUAUCUCCUGUUCAUGAAGAUGGCUGCUCUCCAGCUAAUGCAGCAGAAGGCCCACAAAGACAGCAAGAUGGCUGCCCUAACCGAGACCGGCAGCCCUGCCCCCGUUGCAAACCCGCCCUGCACCGAGGCCCCAGAGUCCUCAGGAACCUCCACGGAAACCAUCACCCAUGGCAACUCGGACACUGUCCCCCUGGCAGCCCAGACAAAGGCCUCCUCUGACGCCCAUCCGGCUGCAGCAACCGAAGACUCCAUGAACGCAGACGCCGUAAAGGCACAGCAAACAACAGAGACGGGCAGUCUCACUGCGGCUACAACAGCCCGUGCAGUGGAUGCUGGGGUUGUCACAGCAACCAACGGGCCCUUGGCUCAUGUUGCGACGGAGAGUCAGAACGGCGAGUGCCUUCUAGAGGGUAAGGCUGACGUUGAGGAUGGCAUCUCGGGCUUAGCCCAGGCAAAACAGCUGGCUGAGUCCUUGGCCGCGGACGACGGAUCCGGUAUCGACCCUAAAAGCCGAGAGGUGGUCCUCAAUGCCUGCAAGGCUGUGGGUUCUAUCAGCAACACCUCUUUUGACAUCCGCUUUAACCCAGACAUCUUCUCUCCGGGAGUGCGUUUCCCUGAGGACAGCGUGGACGACAUUCAGAAACAGAAGCAGCUGUUGAAGGAUGCUGCAGCCUUCCUGGUGUCCUGUCAGAUCCCAUCUCUGAUUAAGGACUGUCUGGAUCACAGUGCUCUGCCCAUGGACGGGGCCACUCUGACGGAGGCGUUGCACCAGCGAGGCAUCAAUGUCCGUUACCUAGGCAACGUGCUGGAGUUUGUGAACAAGACCCCGGCCAAGGCACAGCUGGAGCAUUUCUAUAGAAUUGGAAUCAGCGAGUUGAUCACCAGAUGUGCGAAACAUAUCUUCAAGACAUACCUUCAAACUAUGUACUCCGUCUCCCAGGGUGUAGAGCUGUCGGCCCUCUCCGCUGCUGUAAGCCACUUCCUCAACUGCUUCCUGUCCUCCUUCCCUGACGCUGUGGCUCACCUGCCUGCGGACGAGCUCGUGUCGCGUCGCAAGAACCGCAAACGGCGUAACCGAGUCCCGGGUGGAGGGGACAACACGGCCUGGGCUAGCCUAACGCCCAGCGAGCUGUGGAAGAACAUCGUCUCCGAGGCCCAGAGCUACUACCACUUCACCCUGCACUGUGAGAGUGCUGACCAGGUAGUGGAGGAAUAUGGCCUGCAGAAGAUCACCCUGCUCAGAGAAAUCUCAAUCAAAGCUGGCAUCCAGAUCCUGAUAAAGGAGUAUAACUUUGACAGUCGCCACAAGCCGACCUUCACCGAGGAGGAUAUCCUGAACAUCUUCCCUGUGGUUAAGCAUGUCAACCCCAAGGCUUCCGACGCCUUCCACUUCUUCCAGAGCGGCCAGGCCAAGGUCCAACAAGGUUUCCUGAAGGAGGGCUGUGAGUUGAUCAACGAGGCUCUGAACCUCUUCAACAACGUGUACGGGGCCAUGCACGUCGAGAUCUGUGCCUGCUUGCGUCUGCUGGCUCGCCUCAACUACAUCAUGGGAGACCACCCUGAGGCUCUCAGCAAUCAGCAGAAGGCCGUCUUGAUGAGUGAAAGAGUGCUGGGCAUUGAGCACCCGAACACUAUCCAGGAAUAUAUGCACUUGGCUCUAUACUGCUUUGCCAACGGUCAGCUGUCCACCGCCUUGAAGCUGCUGUACCGCGCCCGCUACCUCAUGCUGCUGGUGUGUGGGGAGGAUCACCCUGAGAUGGCCCUGCUGGAUAGUAACAUUGGCCUGGUGCUGCAUGGCGUGAUGGAGUAUGACCUUUCUUUGAGGUUCCUGGAGAACGCCUUGGCCAUCAACUCCAAAUACCAUGGACCCCGUUCCCUCAAACUAGCCCUCAGUCAUCAUCUGGUUGCAAGGGUUUAUGAGAGCAAAGCAGAGUUCCGGUCUGCACUUCAGCAUGAAAAGGAGGGGUACACCAUAUACAAAAACCAGGUGGGUGAGGCCCAUGAGAAGACCAAGGAGAGCUCGGAGUACUUGAAGUACCUCACUCAGCAGGCCGUAGCUCUGCAGAGGACCAUGAAUGAGAUCUAUAAGAACGGCUCAAACGCCAGCAUCAUGCCACUCAAGUUCACAGCACCCAGUAUGGCCAGUGUUUUGGAGCAGCUCAAUAUCAUCAAUGGCAUCAUCUUUAUACCGCUCAGCCAAAAGGACUUGGAGAACCUGAAGGCCGAGGUCCAGCGGAGGCAGCAGCUCCAGGAGUCGGGGAAGAGCAUGGAGGAGCUUUCUGAGGACAGUCCAUUGCAGCUGGAGGACAAAAUACCCAUGGACAUAAACAUUGAUUAACGUCAAACCUUCCACAACACACUACUCUCUGUCAGGGGAGGAUGUGAUUCAACAGCCAUCUGCUUGAAUGAGCCUGUGGACAUGAGAACGGAGCUGUCUAAAAAUCAACAAUUAAAACAGAAGGGGUUGUUGGGGCAGUCAAAGUGAAACAUCUAUGUAUUCAGUAGGUGUAGCAUUUAUAAGAGAAGCUUCAAGGAUUAACAGUACAGAAGUUGCAGUAAAUACAGGGGUGGGAGAAGUGAAUAAAAGUAAUUUAUAACCAAUCUUAACAUUUUCAAUCAAAGCUGCCACCCUCAAGCACUUUGGUAAAGAAGCAGGACAAAUGUCAACGUGAUAGCUGCUGCUUUGCAUGUGUGGCUUUGUGUGAAAGGGAAUGAGGCUUGGGGCAGGUGACCAAGGAUGAUCAUGACAUUCUAUUAUCAGAGCCUUAUCCAUGGUUCAAUGUGGCCCACAUCCACUAAUCAUACUCCCUACCCCCUUCUACUCUCAAAAACCUCCAACUUGAGAAAAGAGCCACUAAAGGUGACUAGGGCUUCCGGUUUCUCUAUGGCCCCAUGUUGCCUAAAAUUAACAAUACACACCCUGUCCUGAAACUCAGGGGAAAUGUUUACUGUGCACUAGGUGAGACACAAAAAUUACAAGAUUUCUCUCAUUUUGGGCUACUGAAUGUAAACUAAUUUCUCUUGUGUUUUCUCACCACCGAUCACCAUUUACUAUGGCGUUCGUUAAAAACUGUGUAUAUGGUUUAUCCUAUGUGGGUGAAUGCUUUGUCUUUCGGUUCUAUAACCGCCAACCAACAGUGAUGCAUGUGUGUGCCCUCAACAAAUCUUAAAUUGAUUUGUUACCUUUUUCAUUAAAAUACUGAUCUUUUUGUAAAAGCAAAUAAUGGGUGGGGGCAUUUUUAGGUCUGUCAGUUAAUAUUAUUUUAAGCCAUCUCUGUUUUAUAGAAAAUACAAAUGGAAAAGAUGUAUAAAUAAGUCUAUGAAGGUAGACAGGUACUUGAUCAAUGUUAAUGGAAAUGCAGAUAGGAAACGUCCAGAUCAGACUAGAGCUAUAGACACUAGCUCUACUAUAUUAGAUGUGUUCAGUAUUCUUCUAUUUUUCCACUUUGAAAGAAGAAUUUUGUGCAUGUGUGUUUGUUUCUGUGUGAGUUUUUGUGUAGUCCGAGUGAAGGAAUCCGAAAUGGCCAUGAGUUUGAAACUGCUGCUUUGAAUUAUGAUUAGAUUGGUAAGCCACAACUUUCCAAAUGUUUUAUUUUUAUACACAUUGUAGAACCAUGGGAGGGCUAAAGCUAACUUCUGUUGUCAUGUGACAUUCUUGGCCAGCAAUAUUAUAAAUCAGCUGAAAUUAAGGCAUUUUACAAGAAAAUCCUUUCUCCCAUUAGAUAGAAUACCGUAGAAACCAUGGUUAUAGAAUUGUUCAUUGUUGGUUUGUUUCUAAAUGGUAAACUUGGCAAUGUUUCUAUUGAUUUUGGUAACAAUUUGACAGUAAUUCAGGAGAAUGCAUUUUCAUUUGCAGUAUAGAGUGCUCUUACAAGUGCUGUUUGACUGGAUGCAUAAAUGAACACCGCACCACCAAAAGAGGGUUGAGAAGGGCUGCUUUAGUGUAAUAUACCAAAAAAAGACAAACGUAUGUGUGUUUUGUGUGCGCUUGUAUACUUGCAAUGUGACCCCCCCCCCCCCUUCCCCAAUUUCUUUUAAAAAGUUGUUGCUGUGUCUAAAUGUGUGUGUGUGUGUGUGUGUGUGUGUGUGUGGUUGUGUGUUUGAAGCAGUAGAGACAAUGCUGGAACUGAUCCUUUUGAAGUGUGUCACUUUUCUGCACUUGUGUAAGUGCAAGACACGACAGCUGUCCUUGUGGUAUUUCCCUGGAAAAAAAAGCCUUCUAAAAUUCUCACCAAUAGAUGGGAAAGGACCAUAACUAUAAUUAAUUUCUUAAUUUUGCUUCUAAAAAACGGUGGGACAAUGUGGCUGCAUUUCCACAGGCAGAGAAAUGUUUCCGUCUGUGUGAACAGCCUACUUGAUCCUGGUGUGAUUUGUGCCUAUUUAUGCUCUGAAAUGGAGUCAGAGUGUUAUUGGUUUUCAACUCUUUAGAAUACUUGCCCCUUUUUAAAGAUAAAAAUGCCACUCGGUUCUUUUUCCCCCACUUGUUUCCGUAUUGGUCUGCAUUUCCUUCCUGUGCUCAGAUUCAUCUUUCUUCUUUGUGAAUGUCAGUAGUACCACUGACAGCCAUGGGGUGGUGCUCUAGAGAUUGUACUUUCUCCAAUAUCGUCAGAAACAAAUUAAAAGGCUUUUGUUGCUAUGUGACAUUUUUGUCCCAUACAUUCUGAAGCACAUCUCAAUGCUAAUGUAACUAUUUUAUGUUUCAUUCAGACCUUGAGGGAAGCAAAAUAAAACAUAUUUAUUGGAAUUAUGGAAUUGGUGUUGCCGGUCUGGGUAGCAGUCUGUUUAGCUGUCAUUCCUUUUCAUGUGAAACAUGAUCUGUGGCAUAUGACCAAGAGCAAGAAGUGGAUUGCUGGCUAAACAAUGUUGGCUAAACCAACCAGGCUUGUGAUGACAUCAACAUUAUAAAGACUGCUACUUGAUAAAAAUUGGUGAACUUGUUACCCUUAAGUGUAUUGUUUGAGACUGUUUCUGAUAGAAUGCUCUUGUUAAGAACGAUCAAAUACACGUGUCUGCCUAGGUAUAUAUCUGCGUUUUUCAUUAAUUAUAGUUUUAUGGUGCUUUAAUUUCAUUGCCCACAUUCAUUAAUUUUGGUGUUCAGUUAUUCUGUUCUUAUGAUGUAGCAAUAUACCUCCUGAUACCAUAAAGUAAUUGCAUGAGCAAUUGAUUUGACAUGUAAAUGUUUGCUACUGUUUGUGCGGGUCAGAUUCAGUAGUGGGUAAGAAUACAAUAGACUUUGUAUCAGAGAAGACAGUGGAUCAAUUGACUGAACAUGUUCAUUUUCAGAAUUGGAUAUGUAUUAUUCCUCUAGCUUAUAUUAAUCCCUUCGUUUGUAUGGAGGAAUGUCCUCAACAUGAUUAUUAUAACGAAGAACCUGAAUGUGGUAUCAAAUGUUAAUAAACAUCUUUGUGCCCUG